UGACAAUGUCUGCAUCUGUUGACUAAAAUUUGAAACCUAAUAAGCUUUUAACAAGGUCAACAGUUUUCAUCAACUCGGAGUCGACAAAAAUAAUUAAUAAUCAGUACGUGGUCUGAGAAUUGGUGUAAUCGAGCUGUCUUUAUUUAAGAUAAAAGUGUUAGUGUCCGCGAAAAUGAUCUGUACUUUGUUUUUCGCAAUCACAACGUUACAUGAACAUGGAUGACCUAAAAUGCGAAUAUGUAAAGAAAAAAAGAUGCAUUAAAUUGUCUUUAAAAGUGCUUUUUAAAAAAUAUGAUGAAGGUCGGUACUUCGAUUAUCGACAAUCAAACGUAAUAGUACUAUCUUUUAAUAGUUAGUGAGUGUCUCAGCAUCAAAAGUGAAAAUGUGAUGUGUCAAACCGAUUGUUUACUUCACGACGGACAGGUGACGGUGAGCGGAUUGUAGAAGUGGUACGUGAGGGCUGCGGGAGGCGGGCGGUAUGUCGGGCCGUUCGAGUCCCGUAAACGGCGGCUAUGAUGCUGCUGAGCCCGCUAUGAGGCUCUCUGUCCGUAAGGACCUGUUUCCCGAUAUUCAUCUACCUAAAAUAGGUUCUGACUCUGACUCAGAUACGUCACAAGAAGAGCUGGAAAGCGUUUCUUGUGUUAAAUUAGAGACAGAUUUUGAGCAGAGCAUUGACGAUAUUGCUCAUCAAAGGAUGCAGGUCGUCAACGGAGCGCUGCCGUCCCCGACACGGCCUCGCCACAGAAAACAUAAGCAGCACUCCAGACGCCAUACAGAUCAUUCAACUCUUAAUGGAUGUCUUCCUAAAGAGAGAAAAAGGAAAAAAAAUUCUCAUAAUUCUCAUAAAAGGACGCACACUUCUAAUAGUUUAGUGUCUAUGGUGAAAGGUGGUAAAAACUUAAACUUAGUAAGUAGUAGUGAGUGCCAGGAAGAUGAAGAAGCAGAAGACGAAGAAGAAGAAGAAGAAGAAGAAGAAGAAGAAAGUGAAAGUUCAGAUGAUGAAGUGCUAAAGCGUAGUGUAAAGUUACCGUUAAUUAAUUUGCCACGACAGAGUGGCAAACCUUACAGUCAUGAACUUAGUCAAUUAUCAACAAAAAAGAGUAAGUCAAAGGAAUCUUCAAAGGAACAAAGGACUAAUAUAGUAAUACCUUGUAGUGGUAAACCUCGUUCCAUGUUGGGGCUCUGUAGUUCCCGUAGCAAAAAGAAAUCUAAGAAGUCUGAUUGUACACCCACAUAUCGAAGUCAGAUAGUGGAUACAAAAACUAAAAUAAAGAUUAAGAUUAGAAGGACAAGUGUUCAAGAAAUGGUUACUCCUCCUACACCCACUUCCAUAGCGGAUAUUGGGCAAAGAAAAUCGAAAAAGAAACGAGCAGCAUCACCUGUUGCUAGUGCCAGCUCUGGUGAAGAAUAUGAUCCUUCAAGGGGAGACACUGCGGCUGCUAUGAGCGUUGCUGCGAUAAAACCGAGACAACCCCGCCCUAAGGCUAAGAAAUCUAACAAUAAUAACUCCAAAAUUAUAGAUAAAGCUCAAAAGACUGAGAGAACUAGAAGUAGCACAACAGUUAGUAAGGGAAAUGGUCCGCAAAGUCCAUGGGCAUAUUCAAUGCCUGAAGAAAUUUUAGCGAAAAUAUUUGAAUAUGUUAUUCAGCAGGGCACACUACCGAAUAUCAUUAGAUUGGGUAGAGUAUGUCAAUUAUGGCACAGUGUCAGUUGUAGGCCAGAGCUGUGGAAGAAUGUAGACCUUUCGCAACAUACUGUUGAAAAAUGUAAAACAGACUACAAACUGGUCUGGCUUCUUGAAAAUCGUUUAACACAGUGCCAGAGUUUAAAUAUUGCUCAGUGGAAAGUGUGCAACGUGUCGUGGGUGCUAGCGUGCUUGGUGGACUACUGUCCAGGACUGGUGGAGCUCAGCGUGGCAGGCUGGAGCCGCAUCACGCCCGAGCAACUCUUUGACUUAGUGCAGGGUUUGCCCAACUUGCAACGCCUCGAUCUCUCUUUAACGUCCGAAACUGGAGGAUCGAGUACCUGUCUUUCGGCGGCAUCGAUGGCUCGUAUUGCGACGAACUUUGGCGUUCGUCUUACACACCUGACUUUAGCAAAUAACAAAUUCUCGGCAUUACCGCAGAUACUCUCUUCCGUCGCCACCCAUUGCCCUAACCUUGAAGUACUAGAUAUAUCAGGCGCUUUGGCGACGUCACAUCCCGCGCCUAUACCGUUGGAAGCUUUACAAAAGGGUUGCCCCAAAAUGAGAGUCUUCAGAGCUGCCAAUGCUCAAUUAGUUCUUGCCUCUGCAACGACUUCACAACAGCUGGAGGCGGGCUGGUCGCAGCUAGAGGAGGUGUCCAUCGCCAGCAGCGCGGCGGUGGAGCGCACAGCGGUGGGCGAGUACCGGCUGGGUGACGACGCGCUGGCGCGGCUGGUGCGCGCCGCCACGCGCCUGCGCCUGCUGGACCUGCGCGGCCUGCAGCGCCUCACGGACUCGGGGCUCGUGCGCGUGCCCGCCUGGGACCUGCAACAUCUCUUCCUUGGAGGUUGCAAUAUUUUGCGUCAAACAAAUGCGUGCCUCGAGCUGAUCUGCGAGAAAUGGUCCCACAGUCUACUGGAGUUGGACUUGUCUUGGGCCUCUGCUGCAAAAGUACUUCACGAUGCUGUAUCCGCGCUAGCAGAUUCGCCAGACAGCAAAUUAAGAAUACUCAAUUUAUGUGGAUCAUCUGUGUCUUACGAAGCUGUGAAAAAAGUGCUAUUAAAAUGUCCUCAUAUAGAAUCUUUAAAUCUCAGUUCAUGUCGAGCUUUACCGAGAGGUAUGAAACGACUUUAUACCGGAAAGGAACUUCAAGAUCUUAAAGAUAGUUUAGAUCCAGAAAAAGCUAAACUUAAAGACAGUAAAAGCGAUGAAUCCAAAAAGAAAAAAUCUAAAGUAUCUAAAACUGAAGAUGAUGCAAGCAGUGACAUUCCUGAAAGUUCUGGUAGCAAAUCAAAAAUCAAAUCUCCAGAAAAGUCUUCCCAGUGUGUGUUUCAAGAGCCAAAAAGUGUAUCCGACCCUGGUACGAGGAUGGCUGAUAGACGAAUUUCUUCUGAAACUCAAAUAAAGUCUACUUCUAGCGGUAAAGUAUUAGAAAAAACGAAAAAUAAUUUAGAUAAUGUUAUUGAAAAUACGCAAAUUCCAAAAGGCUCAACAACUCCAAAUCUUUCGAGUCCUCUUGCUCAAUCUAAGCCUGAUUCUUCGUCUACUCCCAGGUCAGAUUCUAAGACUGAAAUGGGAAGUCCACACUUUAGUCCCGUCCAAAAACCCGAUAGUCAAAUACCUAGUAGUCCCGACGUUCCACCUGAAUCAAUAAAAAGUAAUCAUUCAUGGAAUUUAGGUCAGUUCAAAGGUACUCCAACACAUAAGUCUGAAGCAAGUCCACUUAACAGGCUAGAAAGCCAUACCAAGAUUAGACAUAGCAAAGUGACAGAGCAGUGUAGUCCAACAACUUCUCUGGAAAAUAAACCUAGUCCAGAAACGUUAUCAAUAAAGCAACAGGAUAUAAAGAAUCCUAAUACUUGGAAUUAUGGUAGCUACAGUCCCAUGCCAAGACAGGACACUCAAUUUUCUUCCCAACGAAGUCCAUAUUCGGCUCAACCGAGUCCUGCUCAACCAAGUCCUUAUUCGACACAGCCCAGUCCCUAUUCUACUCAGCCUAGUCCAUAUUCUUCGCAGCCUAGUCCUUACUCUGCGCAACCAAGUCCAGACACAAGUCAAAUAGUUAAAUCAGAUAUGCAAAAAACUGGGGCUUGGAAUACUGGUAAUUAUAGUCCAAUGCCUACUAAACAUCACGCUCCAUUUUCUCCUCACCCUUCAACACAUACGAGUCCCGAUGCUGGCCUUGGUAUAAAGAGUGACAGUCUUCGGAAUAAUCCUAAUAAAACGCCGGGUCAAUACAGUCCAAUGUCGCGACAACAACAUCACAGCCCAUAUUCUCCAAGACCCAGUGUGGAGAAUAGUUACAAUAAAAAGAGCCCUGGAGUAGGCAAGUACAGCCCUAUGAUGCGCCCGGACUGCCAUUUGCCCAGUCCUGAUGGGGGUCUCCCUUCAAGGCCCCAUUUAAGUGGACGAACACAGGACGUGUAUGGCCGCUCAGUGCCUAAAGUACCCGAAAUAACUCCAAAUAUCCCACCGCCUGAAAUCCCAAAUUCAUGGGGAUUUAAUCAUAUGAGUAAUCCAACAUCUGCAAUGGAGUCCUUAGUAUGGGGAGGAUCUUCGUUCAAUGCGGAACCAACACAAUCUCCUCUACAAUCGCACGCUGAGAACAUUCCUACAAUGCUAAACACGCCACCGCCGCAGCCCUGGAAUGAAUUAUCACCUUUUGAUAGUGCUAUUCGAAGACAUAACGAUGUAAGUGAUCCUUGGACCUUAGGUCAGUUUAGGGUAGAACCGCCUAAUCAAGUACACAACAAUUUUGUGGAGCAAAACAUAAGUUUCGAAUCAUUAAGUGCCCAUAUAGGACAUCAGUCGCAUGUGCUACAGAGUUAUCUAGACGAUGGUUUCAAUGAAACUUCACGCGUGGACUGACGAUCCCAAUCGUCUUCUUUGUUUCACAACUCGAAUGAAUUUUUAAUUCUUGAUAGAAUCCCUUUGACAAGACCUGUUGAGACUUCUUUGUGGAGAAAGUUUGGGUGAUGUAAUUAUAGUUUUGAACAAUUAUUGUUAGUAAUUGUAAAUAAGAUUAUCUAACUAGUUUUAAGUGUAAGGAAGCUAGAAAUGCAUUCAAAUUAUUUUGCAGCCCAUAGUUUAUGAGAGAUACAGAUUAAUUAUAUUAGUGAUUAGUAAAUACUUCAUUCAAGAUAGAUAUUGUUGUUUUGAAUUACAGCGCUAGGGUGCAUAAACAUGUGCUUAACUGGAAGUAGAGAAUUUAAAAUAGUCAAUCUGAUAUAUAUGAACCUACAUAGCCAAUUAUUAUACAACCAUUAUUGUUUUUAAAAUGAAGUAAUAUUUCUGAUCUGGUAACUCGACAAAAAUAUUGUUUGUUGUAUUGUUCAAAUCGCCUUAAUAUCUUUAAAGAAUGAAAUGUUUAUUUAAAAACAAUGUAUAUAUAAUGAGUGUUACAAUACUGGCUAUGGUUAUUUGUUUUUUUUAUAUAUAAAUUGGUCUUAUGAAAAGCAAUAACAAUAGAAAUAAAUGAAUGAAAUGUGCAAAUUCGCAGAUAACAAAUUUUAAUAAUAAAAUGAGCAUAUAUUAUAGUUUCAAAUAGAUGCCAAAUAUUGAUGUUAUGCCCUAAAUAGCUUAUUACAUUUUUAUCAUUUAAAAAAAAAAACAACAUUCCUUUCUAAGGUUUAGUUUCAGAAAACUAAUGAAUUUUAAAGAUAUAAUAUGAUUAUUGAAACUGAAUGCUUCCUUCUUACUUAUAAAACUAUACUUUGACAAUGCAUUACAUCAUGAAUGAUCUAGUGAUGCAGCUAUUUUUGUUGCAAUGUUGCUAAUAUUAAUAUUUGACCUAAGUACAUACAUGUUUCAACCUACAGUUGUACUGUUGACAAACUCUUGUAAUCAAUUGAGAGCAUCUUUACAAUUUAAUUAUUUUAAUGAAAACUUGGGUUCCGUACCUUAAUUAUUAAAAAUGUAUCCCUAAGGUUCAUUUCGAGUCUAUCUGUGUAACGCGAUCGAGUACCUCAGGUUACUGAUAGUUAUAUUGAUUGAUAAAAUUGACGACAAUUUUAAUCUGCCUGUAAUAUUUUUAAAGUCAAACUUUCAUCAAUUUUUGUGUCAAAUUUUAAAUAAAAUAUAAUCACAUUUUUUGCCUGUCAAUGUUAUACGAAACAUCCGGUAAACGAGUCAAAUUCGGACAUCGCAUAUAUUUUUUUAUUUCUUAGUAAAUAAACAGAAUCAAGUCAAAAAAAUAUUUAAUCUAUUUGAAGCAAGUGCUGAUUUUUUUAAUAUUUUUAUAAACAAUUUGGUAAAAUACGGUAUAAUUUCGAUUUAUAAGAUCAAGCAGAUUAAAUUUUAUCUUCCAGUAAUCAUCAAUCCAUGUAAUAGAACUAUUUUGAUUAUUCAAUAAAUUGCAUUUAUAAUUUUGACACAAAUAUUUUUUAGAUCACUUGUAGUCACGCAAUAAUUAAUAUUUUUAAUGAACUAUAUGUAAAUUGAUUAUUUGACUUGCAAUUAAUUGGUAUGAAAUUACAUCUCACAAUGUUAGACAUUAUGGUUUCUCUUAUUCCAUUUCUCAAAAUAAAAAUAAAGUACAAUAGAUUAAUAGUAAUUACGUUAAUUAUUUGUCUUGUUUGAUUUUGGUUUUAUUAUUGUAAUAUAAUUUUACAGCAUUUUCAAUUGUUUUGUACCCUUUUACUAUUAUUAUUUUUUUGUACAUAAAAAUUAUAUCAACAAUUUAACAUGAAAUCUUAUUUGUUUUGUAAGUUUUUUAAAACAAAUAGUCCAAGGCAACUAAAAAUAAAUUAAAAAAAAAAAAUAAUAUGAAAAGGCAAGUACAAAGUGCUUUGUAUAAAUUGUUUUAUCAGUUAAGUAUUUCGUGUUGUAUUCAAAGAGAAUCGUAAAAUCACCAAAUAUUGUUUCAUUACCUACAUUAGCCUUAUUGAAUGCCUAUAACUGAAGAGAAUAUUUUAUAGUUUUAUUAACUUAUUACAAAUGGGAGAAUAUUAUCUAAUAUACAUAGAAUGUAUAAAAUAUAAUAUUAGGUAAAUAUUAAUGUUAAAUAAUCGUGUACUAUAGAAUGUAUAAAAUAAAGUUGACUAAUAUCUGUAAGUUCUGUUAUGUAGAGAUUUUUGUUUGUAAUAUUGUUACAUUACUGCGUGGACUUCACACAAGUGGUCCAAUUUUUAUAAUCUAACCAAUAAAAUAUCGAUGUGGUUGUA